AUGUCAUCGGUGAGUGAGGUGGGUACAGUCCGCUACAUGGCCCCAGAGGUUCUGGAGGGGGCUGUGAACCUGAGGGACUGCGAGUCGGCUCUGAAGCAGGUGGACAUGUACGCCCUGGGCCUCGUCUACUGGGAGACCUUCAUGAGGUGUACUGACCUCUUCCCAGGAGAAUCAGUCCCAGACCUCCAGGUGGCGUUCCAGGCCGAGGCGGGGAACCACCCUUCCUUUGAGGACAUGCAGGUCCUGGUAUCCAGAGAGAAACAGAGACCCAAGUUCCCCGAGGCCUGGAAGGAAAACAGCCUGGCGGUGCGGUCCCUGAAGGAGACCAUGGAGGACUGUUGGGACCAGGAUGCUGAGGCCAGGCUGACCGCUCAGUGUGCAGAGGAGCGCAUGGCUGAACUACUGCUGAUCUGGGACCAGUCCAAGUCUGUCAGCCCCACACUCAACCCUACUGGUAGCAGCUGUACCACACUGUUCAAUGAUAGAAACCGCAUGGGGCCACAGUCCGGCCCUGACCCUGCCUCGUCCUACAUCGAGGAGCAGGACGGCACGACCAAGAGCACACACAGCGACGCCCCCUCCGCUUUGAUUGGCCGGACGAGAGAUGGAGGUGUGGCUGGAGAGAGGAACAGGAACUCUAUAAACUACGAGCGGCAGCAGGCGGCUCACGCCCGUCUCCCCGGCAACCCCUCCGCUGGAACCUCCUCUUCCCUCACCACCAUGACCUUCAUCUCAGAGUCCAGCCAGGGUCAUGACCCCAACCCUAACCUCCACCUGACCCUGACCCAGGAGGAUCUGGAGACCACCAAGCUGGACCCCAGGGAGGUGGAUAAGAACCUGAAGGAGAGUUCUGAUGAGAACCUGAUGGAACACAGCCAGAAACAGUUCUGUUCUCCGGACCUGCUGAGCCCCGCCUCCUCCUCCCUGCUCUUCCCUUUCAUCAAGAUGGCUGCCGAGGCGUCUCCCCCCGCCGUGUUCCCUCUCCCCAAGCAGCAAAACCUCCCCAAACGACCCUCCAGCCUGCUGCUCCGCACCAAGCCGCCUAAGAAAGACUCAUCCUCUCUGAGGUUUAAAUUUGGUCGACGUGGCAAGUCCAACCUACGACAGGUAGAGGGCGGAGCUAAGACCAACGGCGUGUCCAACGUCACCGCCGUCUCUGAGCCCCACCGGGUCAGCGCCACCAACAACCUGCUGGUCCUACGGGACCUCUCUGUGAACGGGCACGCGGCCGGGUCCUUGCCAGCAGGGGGCGCCAGCAGCACGGUGGGGCUCAUUCUAAGUCAGAGCACGAACCCCCAGAGCUCUGAGGACGGCCAGCUGGGGCUGAUCACUGCCAGCCCAGAUGAACACCAACCCUUGCUGAGCAGAGAGACAGGACAACCAGAUGUCCACUCCUCUAACGCACGGCCCAACAACAACAACAACAACAGCAACGGACUGGUACUGGGGGAGGGGGAGAGUGAUGGGGGAGGAGAGGAAGAGGAGGAGGGAGCAGGAGGAAGUACCAGUGGAGAGACCCCCUGCUCCCUGGGGGAGAGUUCUGUGUCUGGUUCCUUGUCUGGACCUGACCCCAACCCUGUCCCCAUGAGAGGUGAAGCCCUACUCAGGCAGCCUAAAGGAGGCCGGCGGCCGGAGAGACCCAACUCCCUGGACCUGUCCUUCACCACCAGAGACCUGGUCUCACUGGGGGAGGCCUUGGUCCAGAACCAGGGAACAGGGGAGAAGAUUAAGAAGCGUGUGAAGACACCGUACUCCCUGAAGCGCUGGCGACCCGCCACCUGGGUCAUCACAGAUACCAAGGGGUCAGAGGUGAACAACAACAGGGGAGAAGGUCAGGCCCGGCCCAAGUCCAGCUCCGCUGUCUAUCUGACCUCUGAACCCAGCGACACCCGCCUCUGAACUCUGACCUUCAGAGGGACAACACAGACAGUAGUGUUGUUCUGACAGCAGGAGGAAGCAGUGUUGUAACAGCAGUUGGUUGUGUCCCGUUUGUCUCUCUCGCUUUGUGUCUUUUUGAUGACAUUGCUUUAAGUUGAAUCCAGCUAUGCAGCAAUCUCUUCCUUGUGGUUUCAUUUGUCUAUGUGUAUAAUGGGGCCUUCUCCAGUUGAAAUCUCAGCCUGUGACCAUGAGGGAGGCUGCUCUGGAGCCUUUAAACAGUCAUGGUAUUUGCUCUGUCUUUCAGCACCAUAAGGACUUUGCUCCAGACAUGACUGACUCUAUGGUCUUAAAGACACAAUUAUCCACUUUUUUCAUCUGUUCAUGUUUGAUUUUGUAUCAUGAUUUAAAUUGUGCAAUAGGAUACAGCUUUUAGGUGCUUUCAUCAUGUUUUUAACACUUGUUUAAAUGUUUUAAUAUAAUCUCUGUGUUGCACUUAUAAAUGGACACCAACUCAAUAUUUUAUUCAGUCUGUAAACCCUCUCCUUAAAUCAAACAACUGAAGUACUACCCACAGUUGUAAUGUCAGUGGGCUUUCUCUGUUUACUGGAACUCUGGGACUACAAUCACCUGACAGGACUGGGACUACAAUCACCUGACAGGACUGGGGGGGGGCUACAAUCACCUGACAGGACUGGGACUACAAUCACCUGACAGGACUGGGGGGGACUACAAUCACCUGACAGGACUGGGGGGGGGCUACAAUCACCUGACAGGACUGGGGGGGGGCUACAAUCACCUGACAGGACUGGGGGGGGGCUACAAUCACCAGACAGGACUGGGACUACAAUCCCCUGACAGGACUGGGGGGGGGGCUACAAUCACCUGACAGGACUGGGGGGGGGCUACAAUCACCAGACAGGACUGGGACUACAAUCCCCUGACAGGACUGGGGGGGGGCUACAAUCACCUGACAGGACUGGGGGGGGGGCUACAAUCACCUGACAGGACUGGGACUACAAUCACCUGACAGGACUGGGGGGGGGGCUACAAUCACCAGACAGGACUGGGACUACAAUCACCAGACAGGACUGGGGGGGACUACAAUCACCAGACAGGACUGGGGGGGACUACAAUCACCAGACAGGACUGGGGGGGACUACAAUCACCAGACAGGACUGGGGGGGACUACAAUCACCUGACAGGAGUGGGGGGGACUACAAUCACCUGACAGGACUGGGGGGGGGACUACAAUCACCUGACAGGAAUGGGGGGGGGACUACAAUCACCAGACAGGACUGGGGGGGGACUACAAUCACCAGACAGGACUGGGGGGGACUACAAUCACCAGACAGGACUGGGGGGGGACUACAAUCACCAGAAAGGACUGGGGGGGGGGACUACAAUCACCAGAAAGGACUGGGGGAAACUACAAUCACCAGAGAACACUGGGAUUCUGGGACUACAAUCACCAGAGAACACUGGGAUUCUGGGACUACAAUCACCAGAGAACACUGGGAUUCUGGGACUACAAUCACCAGAGAACACUGGGAUUCUGGGACUACAAUCACCAGAGAACGCUGGGAUUCUGAGACUACAAUCACCAGAGAACACUGGGAUUCUGGGACUACAAUCAAGAGAAGCAGGAUGCAUCUGUUCAGAAAUGGACGAACAGCAACAACAACACCUCUCUUUCAACAAAGAAUCUCUGAUUCCCACAAUUCUGUCUGCUGGGAAUCCAACUGUUUUUAAAGCAAACCUUCUGAAUCAUGCUGGAACUGUUUUCCCUGUCUUGUGAAUCUGUACCAUGUGGACUAUGGAUGUGUUGGCGUGUGUUUGCAACGUGUGUGUGGGGCUGGGCUGCGUGUUGUAGCUACAUGCCAGCAGACGCAGGGUGCAGUGGAUCUAGGCCGUGCAGGACCUGAAGUCUGUGUCAGGGGCUGUCUGUUUUAGUGCUGCUUCAGAGAGGAUCAAAUUAGCUUUCUGUUUUGGUAUCUUGCAUUUGUAUGAGAAAUAUAUGUUUGUGUAUUGCAACAACAACGGACCUAUGCUUUGUAAGGGUUAACUCUGACCUGCCAUGUUAAUAUGAUGAACACUACAGGUGCUCUGUAAGGGUUAACUCUGACCUGCCAUGUUAAUAUGAUGAACACUACAGGUUUGACAAAACAAAAACAUUUUAAUAAAUAUAUAAAACACAGUG